AUGGCUGCCUCACUCAGUUCACGAACCCAAUCACUGUACAAAUGCAAGUCGCCAUUACCACCACCAUCAUCCUCACAAUUCAUCAAACACUCAAAUCUCAUCCCCAGAAACAGCAGCACCAAAGCCGCCGACAAUGGCCUCAACCUUAAAAACUCCAAAUCAAAACCAUCUUUCUCUUCCAAAACCAAGCGAUCCCGAAUCAUGGCCCGACUCAUCAAUUCCCGGCCCUGGUCUUCCGACCUCGAAGCUUCACUCUCCGCCGCCGCCGCCUUCACCCCACAAUCAUCCCUUUCCCAGACCGCUGUUCUUCAUACCCUCCGCCUCAUCCAAUUACCUUCCAAAGCCCUCCAUUUUUUCCACUGGGCCUACCGUUCCGGUUUCAGCCACACCCCUCAAUCCUACCUCCUCAUGCUUGAAAUCCUCUGUCGAGCUCGCAACUUCCACUCCGCCCGGAAUUUCCUGUUCUCCAUCCCCCAAAAAUCUAAUGGCGCUGUCAAACUCGAGGAUAAACACUUCAAUACCUUGAUUCGGGCUUUUGGCGAAGCUGGGCUGUUUAAGGAAUCGUUGAAUAUUUUCCAGACCAUGAAAUCGAUUGGGGUUUCCCCCUCUGUGGUUACUUUUAAUAAUUUGUUUCUGAUUUUGUUCAAGAGGAGUCGAACUGGGAAGGUCUUUGAACUGUAUGAUGAAAUGCUUAAGACGUAUGGUGUGACCCCUGAUUUGUAUAGUUUCAAUAUUCUGAUUAGAGGUUUUUGUAAGAACUCAAUGGUCGACGAGGCCUUCAGGAUUUUUAAGGAAAUGGAGAAUUUAUCAGAGAAAGGGGAAUUUGAUAAGGCAGAGAAAUUGUUUCAAGAGUUAUUUGAGAAGGAGAUCUUAUUGCGUGACGAUGGGAGUACACCUCUUGUUGCAUCGUAUAACUCCAUGUUUAUCUACUUGUCUGAAACUGGUAAAACAGAGAUGGCUGAUAGAGUGUUAAGGCAGCUAUUGAAAAGAGGGAAACAGGAUGCUUCUGCUUUCAAAACUCUAAUCAUGGGUCACUGCAGAGAAGGUGCUUUCAAGGCAGCUUUUGAUCUCAUGGUUGUGAUGCUACGGAGAGAUUUUCUGCCGGAUGUUGAGUCUUUUGAAUUCGUCAUUGAUGGUCUUUUGCAGAUGGAUGAAGCAGUUCUUGCUCAUAAAACCUUAGAGAUGAUGUUAAAAAGUUCUCAUCUUCCUAGGACGUCUACUUUCCAUCGUAUUCUAGCCGAGCUUGUUAGAAAAGGUUACGUUGGAGAAUCAUACAGUUUGGUGAACUUGAUGUUAGAGAAAAAGAUAAGACAGAAUGCCAACAUUGCAACAGAUACUGUAAAAAUGCUAUAUGAAGGUGGCUUGAAGGACAAAGCUUUCGGUAUUAUUAGUUGUCUUUAUGAAAAUGGAUAUUUGGUUAACUUUGAAGAAAUAAUUACUUUCCUCUGCCAGCAGAAGAAGUUAUUAGAGGCUCAGAAGUUGUUACUCUUUGGUACUAAGAGUGGUCAGAGAUUUGAUAUAGGUGUUUACGACGUGCUCCUAAUUGGCCUGUGUAAAUCUCAAAGAGUUGUCGAGGCAUUUGAACUUUACUAUGAAUUGUUAGAGCAAGGAAUACAGCAGCCUUUAACAUGUCUUGAAGAUUUAAAAGCUGCUCUUGAAGCUGAAGGUAAACUGAAAGAAGCACAAUUUGUUUCCAAGAGAAUGCCAAACAAGUUCCAGUUAAAUAAGUCUGUUGCAACCUCAAGAGUCACAAAAAGAGGUCCAGAUUUGUAA